AUGUUUCCAACUAUCAAAACCUACACGGAUAUUCAUGAAUGUUUAUUUGCAAUUAUUGGAGGCAAUGAUGAAAAUUAUUCCAGAGCCAAUGAAGAUGAAUUUACGAUACGGAAAGAACAAGGUUAUAUUUUCAUCAAAUAUAAAUCAGCAACGAGAAAUACAUUUCCCGAUCCAGAGAAGGCUCGAGAUGAGCAUGAACGGUUGAUCAGUAAAUUGAGAAGGGAAUGUAGAGGAAUAAUAUUCGAUGAGGAAAGUAAAGAGAUUGUUUGUAGAAAGUUUCACAAGUUUUUCAAUAUCAAUGAAAGGGAGGAAACUAAUGUUGAGAAGAUUAAUUGGAAACGUGGGUUUAGAGUUUUAGAGAAAAUGGAUGGUUCAUUGGUAUCUCCAGUUCCAGUUCAGAAGAGAGCAUCAUCAGAAGAGCAACUUGGAUUUAAAUUUACUACCAUGCUUGGAUUUACUGAAGUAGCUCAAUUGGUAGAUGAUUAUGUUUUUUCGGAAAUGAAAGAAAGACAACGAAAGAGUUACAUUUCUUUUUGUAAAUAUUGUAUUGAGAAGGAAUGGACUCCACUUUUUGAAUUUUGUUCACCCAAACAAACUAUAGUGAUUGAAUACACUGAAAGUAGUUUAACAUUACUUGCUAUACGAAAGAAUGAAAGUGGAGAAUAUGUGGAAUUUAAUGAAAUGGUGAAAUUGAUCAAAAAUACUUUUUCCAAUGAUAUUCCUAUUGUCAAAGUGUGGAAAGAGUUUCAACAAGGACUAAACGGAGAUCCCAAAAACCUUCUGAAAGAAAUUUAUUCACAACAACAAGUAGAAGGCUACGUAAUUCGUUUUAAUGAUGGCGAUAUGUACAAAGUUAAAACCCACUGGUACAAUAGCCUUCAUGGAGUGGAAACAAGUGGGAAAAGCGUGCGUGACAGGCACAUUAUUUUAGGUAUUUUGGACAACACUGUGGAUGAUUUAAUUGCGAGUGCAUUCUUUGCAGAAUCAGACCAUAAGCGAAAUGCUAUUCAGUUUUUCAGAGAUGAAGUGGAACGAAAAUUAGAAAAACAAAUUUCAGUCAUGAAAAAAGAACUACAACAUGAUUGCUCUCCUGAUUCAGUAACUGGACAAUUCUCAAAUUUCGUGACCGACCAAUCAUAUUCACCGGAGGUUAUCUCUACAACUGAAGGAAGAGAAUUGUUUAAUACUUUUCUCAAAGAAAGAUUUAAGCUAAACUCCAGAGAAUUUGAUAAGCACAGAAAAUUGUUCUACAAAUGGCUUUGUGUAGAUUUCUCAGGAAUGAAGCCAUUCUUUUUCACCGAGCAAGGUAUUUUGAUGGAUCCCAAAGCGGAAAAGUCUGUUGCUGCCAAUACUGGCAAGGACAAGUCAUCUCAGACAAAUAUCAAAAAAAAGAAAUAA